UUAUUUUUCACCCAUUUAGAGUAUCCGGUUUGAUUUCUAGCAUCCAUAAGAGUGAGAGUUGUUAUCUCUAUGUGUCAUCAAGAUAACGUGGUUCACCUGUUAUCAAACCUUAUCUUCCUGAAUCAUUCUCCAACCAGUUUCUUCUCAGCAGCUCACUUAAAAAUAAUUUUACACAAUAAAAAUGUUUAAAAAAAAUUUACUAGUCUAUCUAGCCAUCGGAUUCUUGGUACUAGGCUGUUUUAUAAACCAAGUCGAGGCUCGUCGUAAAAUUUUACGUGGAAGAAAAACAAUUACGCGUCAAUAUUACCGUGGUCUUGCUAUACCAGCGUGGUCAAUUGUGGUCUUAAGUGGCUUAGCGAUGUUAGCAGUAGGCGGUGGACUCUAUGUGGCGCUUAAAAAAAUAGUUGUCGACAGUUCUGACGAUGGAACAACAAAUUCUUAUCAUCCCGCUAUUCAAGAUGAUGUAUAGUUGAUAAUUAAAAUUAUUAAUGUAUAAUUAAUUUAUAAAUGGAAAAAUUUUUUGUUAUUUUUUUUAA